CUAUAUAAGCCCUCUAUCUUCUCUCUUUCAAUCAGCUUGGCCGUUCCCAUCGCCGAGAACCACAAGCUUAGCCGCUACCCUUCUAGGCUCCAUUGAUAUUCCGAUUAAGAUUAUAAUCGACCCUAAUCUAGCACUACUAAUUCGAUUAAUUUGACCACAGAAAUCGUUAAGUAUGCAAAUGCAAUCCCUUUCUUCGUCUUCAGCUAUUGGUUCCAGGCCUUCUUCUCACCCAGGCUAUGCUCAUCACCUCGCUCCGGUUCGAAUCGGUGUCCAAUGCGUGUCCCGAUUCAACCCGGCUAACGCCAGCGCCGUUGCGAACACCAACUCCGCAACGACGGGCGCCAACUUUGGCGGCCACGUCGGGACAACUCGUGCUGAUUGGCAAAGCUCGUGCGCCAUUUUGGCCAGUAAGGUUGUGUCUCAGCAGCAGGAUGUUCAGAAGAGCGGCGGAGAUGCCGGAAUUAUCACCACCGUGAACGGCCAUAAGACGCUGGAUCUGGUCCCUCUCGAGAGUAGCCUUCCCAAGCCGCUGACGAUUGCGGAUCUCUCUCCGGCGCCGAUGCACGGGUCGCAGCUGCGCGUCGCGUACCAGGGCGUUCCUGGCGCGUAUAGCGAAGCAGCCGCUGGGAAAGCUUAUCCGAAGUGUGAAGCUAUACCUUGCGACCAGUUUGAAGUGGCGUUUCAAGCGGUGGAGCUUUGGAUUGCUGACCGCGCCGUUCUCCCGGUUGAAAACUCUCUCGGCGGUUCAAUCCACCGUAACUACGAUCUACUUCUUCGUCACCGCCUCCACAUCGUCGGUGAGGUUCAGCUCCCCGUACACCAUUGCUUACUGGCCCUUCCCGGCGUGCGUAAGGAGUACCUCACGCGCGUAAUUAGCCAUCCGCAAGCGCUGGCCCAGUGCGAGCUCACCCUCUCGAAGCUGGGCUUAUCUGUGGCGCGCGAGGCCGUCGACGAUACCGCCGGAGCCGCGGAGUACAUCGCCGCCAACAACCUCCGUGAUACUGCCGCAAUCGCGUCCGCACGCGCCGCCGAUUUAUACGGGCUCGAGAUCCUAGAAGAGGGAAUCCAGGACGACUCGAGCAACGUGACCCGGUUCGUGAUGCUAGCCCGGGAGCCAAUCAUCCCGAGAACCGACCGGCCUUUCAAAACCAGUAUCGUUUUCGCGCACGACAAGGGAACGAGCGUGCUGUUCAAGGUCCUCUCCGCCUUCGCCUUCCGGAACAUCAGCCUGACGAAGAUCGAGUCGCGGCCGCACCGGAAUCGGCCGAUCCGGCUAGUCGACGACGAGAACGUCGGAACGGCCAAGCACUUUGAAUACAUGUUCUACGUGGACUUCGAGGCAUCAAUGGCGGAUGUGAGGGCGCAGAACGCGCUCGCAGAAGUUCAGGAGUUCACUUCCUUUCUCAGGGUACUGGGAAGCUAUCCCAUGGACAUGACCCCAUGGAGUCCCUCCCAGGGACUAUAGCGAAUUUACCAUUAUACCCUUUAUUCCAUUUCCAAACUCCUCGGUCUUAUUAGAAAAAUAAAUUGAUAAUUAUCUCCCCUGUAAUUAAUUUUAUUUUACAUUUCUUAAAAAACCAACGAAAUUUGAACUAAAUUUCACUAUUUCGUUUUUUCUUAUUCCGUUUAUUAUAGAUCUGGACACGGGCAGGUUCCGGACCUCCGGUAUGUUUUCAGUUAGGGACCCACGGGUCCCGUCAAGAGAAGC